AUGCAGCCUGGUCUACAGAGUGAGUUCCAGGACAGUCAGGGCUCCACAGACCAGAAACCAUGGCGCACACGAACAAAUAGUAAAUGUGCCCCAUUGUCUCAGGCAUUUGAACCUGUCCCCAUGGAUGAUGGCUUGGGGAGGUUUAGCUGGUGUGGCUUUCUUGCAGGAAGUGUAUCACCAGAGUGUCUGUUUAUAGACAGGCUUCCUCUAGAGGAGGCUAGUCUGGCCCUGAUGCUGAAAUUGAAGGUGCGUGCACCACCUCAGCCAUUCUUGUGCUUUUCCCGGAGUCCUGUUCAAAGCCAGUGUCCUCGGAGUCUGAAAACGGAGGAGGAGCAGAAUUUGGGUCAUUCCGUCGGCUCCCUUGGCUGUUGUCCACAAACAGCAGCAGCCCUGGGUCCCGCGGCGCCACUCGCCCCGCCGCCUCCCGCACUGCCUGACCCGGCCGGCGAGCCCGCCCGCCGCCAGCCCCGCCAGCGCCCUCGGUCGUCCUCUGACUCGCCCUCGGCCUUGCGCGCCAGCCGCAGCCCGAGCCGCAACGCCACCCGCAGUCUGAGCCCCGGCCGCCGGCGCAGCCCCAGCUCGCUCCGUCGCCGCUGCUGUUCGUCCCAGCACCGGCUCCGCACCGACACGCUGGAGGUGGGGAUGCUCCUGUCUAAGAUCAACUCCCUGGCCCACCUGCGCGCCGCGCCCUGCAACGACCUGCACGCUACCAAGCUGGCGCCGAGCAAAGAGAAGGAGCCCCUGGAGUCGCAGUACCAGGUGGGCCCGCUGUUGGGCAGCGGUGGCUUUGGCUCUGUCUACUCGGGCAUCCGCGUCGCCGACAACUUGCCGGUGGCCAUCAAGCACGUGGAGAAGGACCGGAUUUCCGACUGGGGAGAAUUGCCCAAUGGCACCCGAGUGCCCAUGGAAGUGGUCCUGCUGAAGAAGGUGAGCUGCGGCUUCUCGGGCGUCAUUAGACUUCUGGACUGGUUCGAGAGGCCCGAUAGUUUCGUGCUGAUCCUGGAGAGGCCCGAGCCGGUACAAGACCUCUUCGACUUUAUCACCGAACGGGGAGCCCUCCAGGAGGAGCUGGCUCGAAGCUUCUUCUGGCAGGUGCUGGAGGCCGUGCGGCAUUGCCACAACUGCGGGGUUCUCCACCGCGACAUCAAGGACGAGAACAUCCUCAUCGACCUGAACCGCGGCGAGCUCAAACUCAUAGACUUCGGGUCGGGGGCGCUGCUCAAGGACACAGUCUACACGGACUUCGAUGGAACCCGAGUGUACAGUCCUCCAGAGUGGAUUCGCUAUCAUCGCUACCAUGGCAGGUCGGCAGCAGUCUGGUCCCUGGGGAUUCUGCUCUACGAUAUGGUCUGCGGAGAUAUUCCCUUUGAGCAUGAUGAAGAGAUCAUCAAGGGUCAAGUGUUCUUCAGGCAAAGGGUCUCUUCAGAAUGUCAGCAUCUCAUUAGAUGGUGUCUGGCCCUGAGACCUUCAGAUCGGCCAUCCUUCGAAGAAAUUCAGAACCAUCCAUGGAUGCAGGAUGUCCUCCUACCCCAGGCAACCGCCGAGAUUCACCUGCGCAGCCUGUCGCCGGCGCCCAGCAAAUAGCAGCCUUUCUGUCAGACACUCCCGAGCGGGACAGCUGUCUCUGGCUUCCAGGACCCUGCUUCAUGCAGGGACAGCAAUGACAACUCAUUCCAGACUCCAGGUUCCUGGAGCAGCCUCCCACAGGGGAAAGAGAUGCUACUUCAUUUCCCAGGCCCCAUACCCUCCCAUAGCCACUCUCACAGUGUCGAGUUUUGCUGGGCUCUGCAGAAUCCUAGGGUGGGGGGUGGGAGUGGGUCAGAACCCUGCCAUAGACCUUUAGUGACCAGAAGACUUUGGGUCACCAGGAUGGGCUAGGGUAGGGGAAAAACCUGUUGGGGGUGGGAUUUAAAAAAAAAAAAACAAAAACUAGCACCAUAUAUUUUAAAGUCCCUGUCACCUCUUCCAACUCCUCUGAGUGCCUUCUGUGGGGACUCCGGCUGUGCUGGGAGAAAUACUUGAACUUGCCUCUUACCUGCUGCUUCUCCAAGAAUCUGCCUGGGUUUGGUUCCCUACUCUUCCCUGUUCCCCUCCCCCCACUUCCUGUGAAAGGUGCCGUGGAAGAGGCUGCAGGGCCAAUUGCUGAGCCACCUGCCCUUUUUCUGCCUCCUUUAGUAAAACUCCCAAGUGAACUGGUCUUCCUUUUUGGUUUCUACUUAACUGUUUCAAAGCCAAGACCUCACACAGAAUGCACAACCAAUGCAACAACCAGACAAGCUGUAAAUGUCUGUACAGUCGGCAUGGUAGCCCGUGAAAGGAUUGUAGUCGAUGCAAUUUAAAGAAAAAAAUGCCUUUAAGUUA